AUGUAUCAGGCGCAAAACGUUUACUUCAUCUGCGGCUUCGCCGCCAUUGGCGGUGGUCUCUUCGGCUUCGAUAUCAGUUCAAUGAGUGGUGUCCUUGGAACUGAGGCCUACAAGCGAUACUUCAACAACCCUGUAUCGUAUGCUCAGGGCGGUAUCACAGCUUCCAUGCCGGCCGGCUCCCUCGCCGGAUCUCUCGUCUCGUCCUUCAUUGCCGACAAGUACUCCCGCAAGGUCGCCCUCCAGUUCUCCUGCAUCCUCUGGAUCAUCGGCGCCAUCCUGCAAUGCGCCGCCGUCAACGUCGGCAUGCUUUGCGUCGGUCGUGUCGUCGCCGGCAUGUGUGUCGGUAUUGCUUCUUCCAUCGUCCCCGUCUACCAGUCAGAGAUUGCCCCCAAGGAGAUCCGUGGUCGCGUUGUAUCGCUCCAGCAGUGGGCCAUUACCUGGGGUAUCCUGAUCCAAUACUUUAUCCAGUACGGUGCCGCCCAAGGCGUUGGAGGCGGCCCUACCGACCCCAACCAGCCGACUGCUGCUUUCCGCAUUCCCUGGGGUGUGCAAAUGGUCCCCGCUGUCAUCCUCUUUUUCGGUCUUUUCUUCUUCCCCUAUAGCCCGCGUUGGCUCGCCAGCAAGGACCGCUGGGACGAGGCCAUGCAGGUUCUUGCUCACCUCCACGGCAACGGCGACGUCAACCACCCCAAGGUCCUAGCCCAGUAUCAGGAGAUUGAGGAGGCCCUUCGCUUCGAGCGCGAGGAGAACAUCAGCUCUUUCAAGGGUCUUGUUGCCCCCCGCAUGUACAAGCGCGUUCUGCUUGGCAUGAGCAUCCAGAUGUGGUCCCAAUUGUGCGGCAUGAACAUCAUGAUGUACUACAUCGUCUACAUCAUGCAAGGAGCCGGUAUCGGCAACCCGCUCUUGACUGCUUCUAUUCAGUACAUCAUCAACGUCUUGAUGACCCUGCCUGCCAUCAUCUUUAUUGACAAGCUCGGCCGUCGCCCUUUGCUUGUCGGCGGAUCCUUCAUGAUGAUGACUUGGCUGUUCAUUUCCGGCGCACUUCAGCAGUACUACGGCCAGCCCAACACUGCCGAGACGCAGACCUCCGAGAAUGAGACCGUCUCCUGGAUCGUCAAGGACAACUACUCGGUUUCCGCCGCCAUUGUCUCUUGCUCCUACUUGUUCGUCGCAACUUUUGCCACCACAUGGGGUCCUGUUUCCUGGACGUACCCUGCCGAGAUCUUCCCCAGCAAGAUCCGUGCCAAGGCCGUCUCCCUGGCUACCAGCACCAACUGGUUCUGGAACAUGGUUUUGGCCUUUGCCGUUCCUCCUCUGUUGUGGAACAUCAACUUCAAGAUGUACUACAUCUUCGCCACCUUCAAUGCCCUCGCCUUCCUCCACACCGCCUUCUUUGCUCCCGAGACCAAGGGCUUCACUCUCGAGGAGAUGGACGACGUCUUCAACUCCGGCCUUCCCGCCUGGAAGAGCCACCAGGUCAAGUCGCGUCUCGACGACCUCGAGAACGAGAUUGCCGCCGGAAACGUCAAGGUUGGCCGUCCCAACAACAACACCGAGACUCAGCCGGUUGCUGCCGAGCCCGAGAAGUCCGCGCUCUAA